AAUAUUUUCAGUUGAAGUUGCUGCUUUUCUUCCAUAUUUAUUAAUAUACACUGGGUUGGAUAGAGCUGUACUGUCAGUGUUAUGUCAAUCAAUUGUUUUAUUAAUAAUAUCACAAGCACCAAAGAGACUACUGUGGAGGUUCAGGCCAUACAUGAUCAACAGGGCUAAGAUAGCUGCAGUGAUAAGACCUCCUCAUUCCCAGCUAGGACUGUUACUUGUGGAGUUGUGUUCACUUAUAUAUUCCAUUUAUCAUAUCUGUCACUCAAUGAUCCUACCAAUGAUGGCCUCUUCAUAUUCUAUAUGAUGAUCACUAUACUCUAUGUGGUGAUACCAUUCAUCACUACUGUCAGUAGGGGAUCCAUUCUUUCAAGCAGUUAUUACCAAAGUCAUCAUCAGGUGGAUCAGUUAGACUGUAUGAUCCUAUUGGUCAUGUGGCCAGUGACAUUGCUACUAAUGUCAGACUAUUGUGCUUUGAUGAGUUUCAAGUUACUGAUAUCACUGAUGCUAUGAUACUUAAAAGUCUCUUCACAUCAUUAUUUAAUAAUGGAGUCACUGUUGUAGCUACUUCUAACAGACACCCUGAGGAUUUAUAUAAAAAUGGUCUACAGAGGGGUAACUUUCUCCCAUUUAUUGAUGUACUAAAGGAUCAUUGUACUAUUAUCCAAUUGGAUUCAGUUGACAGGAAGAAGUUAUUAUUAUCUGAAGGAGUGUAUUUAGUUCCUAAUUCAACUAUCAAUAAUUCUAAAUUGUUCCAAUUAUUUACUGAACUCUGUCAAAGCAAAGGAAAAGUUAUUUCACGGACCAAGUUAAAGUUUUUAGGACGAGAGCUACUCAUAGACCAGUCAUGUGCUGACUUGGCAUAUUUCCACUUUGAUGAGCUUUGUAACAGGGUAAGUUAUUAUAGUAAUCAUACUAAUAGUAUUAGUUGUGGUUGGGAUUGUUUUCCCAUUUAUAAUUGGUUCCUGUGGUCCCUGGGUAGUCAUAUAGACAAGUGUGAUCAAGUCAUCAUUCUAGGAAUGAGUGAUUGUAAUUCAAUUAACUGGUUCCUGUAUAUAUACUUUGUACAGUGACUUUAUACUAGCACUAGUAAUGAUUUGUUUUUAUUUGUGGUUUUACCAGUAACUACUAGUA